AUGAAGAGAAUUGACUUCUUCACUAUGUUGGGCCUUCUAAUCCAUAAAGAUGUGAGCCGAGAUCAUGCCACUGAGCUUCAGGAGAAGUUGGAUCUGCAACAUUAUGUUUUGCCAUCACGGUUGCAGGCUUCCUAAGUAAAUUUGAAAAGUAAAGGACAAGCAAGUUCCUCAGGAAAUCAAGAAAGCAAUCAGAGCUGUAUUAUUCUCCUCUUUGAUGUAAUAAAGUCAGCUAUUAGAUAUGAGAAAACCAUCUCAGAAGCCUGGAUUAAGGCAAUUGAAAACACUGCCUCAGUGUCUGAACACAAGAUUUUUGACCUGGUGAUGCUUUUCAUCAUCUAUAGCACCAAUACCCAGACAAAGAAGUACAUUGACAGGGUGCUAAGAAAUAAGAUUCGAUCAGGCUGCAUUCAAGAACAGCUGCUCCAGAGUACAUUCUCUGUUCAUUAUUUAUUAAGUGUUCUUAAGAAUAUGUGUUCAUCCGUUCUGUCGCUGGCUCAGAGUUUGCUUCACUCUCUAGACCAGAGUAUAAUUUCAUUUGGCAGUCUCCUAUACAAAUAUGCAUUUAAGUUUUUUGACACGUACUGCCAGCAGGAAGUGGUUGGUGCCUUAGUGACCCAUAUCUGCAGUGGGAAUGAAGCUGAAGUUGAUACUGCCUUAGAUGUCCUCCUAGAGUUGGUAGUGUUAAACCCAUCUGCUAUGAUGAUGAAUGCUGUCUUUGUAAAGGGCAUUUUAGAUUAUCUGGAUAACAUAUCUCCUCAGCAAAUACGAAAACUCUUCAAUGUUCUCAGCACACUGGCAUUUAGUAAACAGAAUGAAGCCAGCAGCCACAUCCAGGAUGACAUGCACUUGGUGAUAAGAAAGCAGCUCUCUAGCACCAUAUUCAAGUACAAACUCAUUGGGAUUUUUGGUGCUGUCACCAUGGCUGGCAUCAUGGUGGCAGACAGAAGUGGAUCAUCUAGUUUGACCCAACAGAUAGCCAACCUGAGUGAUGAGCAGUGCACACACGUGACCUCCUUGUUGCAGUUGGUUCAUUCCUGCAGUGAGCAGUCUCCUCAGGCCUCUGCACUUUACUAUGAUGAAUUUGCCAACCUGAUCCAACGUGAAAAGCUGGAUCCAAAAGCCCUGGAAUGGGUUGGGCAUACCAUCUGUAAUGAUUUCCAGGAUGCCUUCGUAGUGGACUCCUGUGUUGUUCCGGAAGGUGACUUUCCAUUUCCUGUGAAAGCACUGUACGGACUGGAAGAAUACGACACUCAGGAUGGGAUCGCCAUAAACCUCCUGCCGCUGCUGUUUUCUCAGGACUUUGCAAAAGAUGGGGGUCCAGUGACUUCACAGGACUCAGGCCAAAAAUUGGUGUCUCCGCUGUGCCUGGCUCCGUAUUUCCGGUUACUGAGACUUUGUGUGGAGAGACAGCAUAACGGAAACUUGGAGGAGAUUGAUGGUCUACUAGAUUGUCCUAUAUUCCUAACUGACCUGGAGCCUGGAGAGAAGUUGGAGUCCAUGUCUGCUAAAGAGCGUUCAUUCAUGUGUUCUCUCAUAUUUCUUACUCUCAACUGGUUCCGAGAGGUGAGCAGAGUUAAUAGGAUGUUUCACUUAUUAUGGAAUGCAGGACCCUGCGUUUUAUGGAUUUGUCGAGCCUCGUUAGUCUCCUCUGCCGCAUGGCUCUGGUACUGCCAACAGUUGGACACAGUGUUUCCAGCGGGUAUGGGCCGUGUUCACAGGCACCUGCUUCCCGUCUCCCGUGUGCGCUUGUGCCUGCUUUGCUGUCUUCUGGGAGUCUGUGCCGUGCUAUUUUCUCGGAAGAAAUCCACGAAGGGCCACAGAUGCACUUCUCUGGGCGUAGAUUGCUUUCCUUCACUGAUUUUCCAUGAACUUCCAGUAGAGGUGGUCCAGGCUAUAAGGUCCGCCUGCAGGCCACGCGUGGCCGGGCGGUGUUGGAGUAGUCGGCGUGCUCAGUCCCGGAGCCCUCAGCUUGCAGAGGUCUUAACUGGAGAGGCCUUGGCAGGGCCCCACAUCUCCUCUGGGUUUGAAGGUGGUGUUAGGCGGCCCACCUCACUUCUGUCUUUGGGUCCAGGACUGCGCCCUAGACGGGAGCCACAGCCUGGUGUCUGGACCCCGCUGUGCCUUGCCGCGCAGCUCCAGAGAGUAAAUGCUGUCUUCUUCCACUGCAGGUUGUCCACCCGGCCAGAGGUGGCCAGCAUCGAGUCGCUGGGCCUGGACGAGCAGCAGUGCUCCCAGAAGGCGGUGGUGCAGGCCCACCUGACCCAGCCUGCCCGACUCGCCAGCAUCAUCUUUGCAGAGGACAUCUUUGCAGAGGGCACCACAGACCAGGUCCUGCACUGUGAUGCCACCGUGGACCUCAUCCCCGGCAUCCAGAUCGUCUCCACCACCCGCAAGCUCAACCUGGAGGACUUCCCCCUGGAGCUGAAGAUCCAGGCCCUGGACUCUGAGGGUCUCCUAGAGGGCAGCUUCAGUCAGGGAGGUGAAGUUGCUGCUGGCGGAGGUCCUGAAGAGGCAGAACCCACCUGUGAGGUGGGCCCCAAGCCCUGGGUGUCCCCUCCUCCAGGGAGCCCUCCUUGGCUGCCCAAGGUGGGACUUGUUCUUCCCUUCGAUGUCCCUCAGCUUUGCAGUGGCCCCUGCCCUAGGGUACAAGGACAUUUUCUACUGUGGCUUGUCAAAGUCAGCACUAGGAGGACAGAACUAGGAUCAGUAAAUUCUUUUGGACCCUUCUGUGUCUCACACUGGAUUUUGGGCCCAGCCGGCAUUGGGGGCACUCACCUGCAGCAGGCCUGGGAAGGCAAACUCCUUGCCUUGAUUUCCCCAGAGCCCACGCAGGUAGGUAACAUUAAGGAUGGUAACAUUAAGAUCACGAACUUUGGCUUCAGUACCACAUUCCAUGAGGAACACCUGAUAGCCCUUUAUGGCACCUACCACUACAUGGCCCUGGAACUCUUCCUGGGCCAGGGCUCCCAAUGCCCCGCCAUGAAUGUUUGGAGCCUUGGAGUAACGUUAUAUCACAUGGUGGGCAAAGUUCUGCCCUUCUGCUCAGGCAGCGUUACGGUCUUCAUGGCAAAAAUUUAA